AUGAGGCCUCACGCUCCAACGGCGCUUCUCAGCGCCUUCCAAGGCCUCAGAGUAUCUGCGAUUUCAUCGAUCAGCCCCGUAGGUGCUGCGAUCCGGCCACAAAUUACCAAGUCGCUGGUCGCAUCCCAGAUCCUCCGUGAUGCUCGCCCAUUCUCCUCGACGUCCACGAGACAAGGCACCUGGCUCGAACCCUCGAUCGACCGGACAAAGAAGAUGAUGAAAGGACGGCCCCGUGUGGCUACUGGAGGUUCAACCAAGGGUACAACUGUGAUCUGGGGUGACUAUGGUCUUCGGAUGAAGGACCACCACCGCAGAAUCAGCGCCAAGCAACUCAAGAUCGCGGAAGACACGAUCAAGAUGAGAUUGCGUGGUCAAAAAUACCGUCUGUACAAGAGAGUGUGCUGCAACGUCGGUGUCUAUGUGUCGGGCAAUGAGAUGCGUAUGGGUAAGGGAAAAGGUUCUUUCGACCAUUGGGCGGCACGUGUGGCUGUCAACCAGAUCGUUUUCGAGGUCAAAGGAAUGCUUCACGAGGCAGUUGCUAAGGACGCCUUUCGUUUGGCAGGCAACAAGUUGCCCGGCCAGUGGGAAUUUGUGCACAAGGGAGAGGCACCUGUCGUCGGUAUUACCAAGCUUGACGGCGUUACGCUGGAGGACCUGAAGAAACCAAGGAAGCCGAUUGCGCCCAAGGAUUUACUGGCCGAGGCCACAAGCAACCCUACCAGCGCAUCAUCUACCACUUCGCCGUCUACUAAGCCUUGA